AAAAUCCAAUUCCGAAAUCCAAAUCCCACAGCUCCUCUCUAAAUAUCUUUUCGACUCACUAUACAGUCUCUACUCCGAUAAACCAUCCUCGGCAAACCGCAAAUCUAUUCUUUCUUUCUCAGACUCAUACAAAAUCCCAAAUUUCUCUCCACCGCCGCCUCAUUUGGGUCCUCCGGCGAACCCACUUCGCCGGUUUUCUGCCCCUUAACGCUGCCAGGCCCAGAGAAGCUGUAAAGAUGAAUACCACUAGUACUGGAAAGCUCAAACCUUCAAUCUCCGAAUUGGAUUUGGAUCGGCCCAAUAUUGAAGACUACCUCCCUUCUGGAACCUCCAUCCAGCCGGAACCUAUUGGCAAGCUUUGCCUUCGUGAUUUGCUUGAUAUUUCGCCGACUCUAACUGAGGCCGCCGGUGCCAUUGUGGAUGACUCAUUUACACGAUGCUUCAAGUCAAUUCCUCCGGAGCCAUGGAAUUGGAAUAUUUAUUUGUUUCCCCUAUGGUGUUUUGGAGUAUUCAUUCGCUAUUUCAUUCUCUUUCCCGUAAGGGUUCUAGUGUUGACGAUAGGGUGGAUAAUUUUCCUGUCUUCAUACAUGCCAGUGCACAUUCUAUUGAAAGGGCAUGAUAGGUUGAGGAAAAAGUUAGAGAGGUGUUUGGUGGAGUUAAUUUGUGCCUUCUUUGUUGCAUCUUGGACUGGAGUGGUCAGAUAUCACGGACCACGACCUAGUAUGCGGCCUAAUCAGGUUUUUGUGGCCAAUCAUACUUCCAUGAUUGAUUUCAUCAUCUUAGAACAAAUGACUGCAUUUGCGGUCAUAAUGCAGAAGCAUGCUGGAUGGGUUGGACUAUUGCAAAGCACUAUUUUGGAGAGUGUGGGCUGUAUUUGGUUCAAUCGCACAGAGUCAAAGGACCGUGAAAUUGUAGCAAAGAAAUUAAGGGAUCACGUGCAGGGUGCUGAUAACCCUCUUCUUAUAUUUCCUGAAGGAACUUGUGUAAAUAACCACUAUACUGUUAUGUUCAAGAAGGGUGCGUUUGAGCUCGGAUGUUCAGUUUGCCCAGUUGCAAUCAAGUACAAUAAAAUUUUCGUUGAUGCUUUUUGGAAUAGCAGAAUGCAGUCGUUCACAAAGCAUCUGCUGCGGCUUAUGACGUCGUGGGCUGUAGUAUGUGAUGUGUGGUACUUGGAGCCCCAAAAUCUUAGGCCAGGGGAGACUCCCAUUGAGUUUGCUGAGAGAGUGCGGGACAUAAUAUCUGCUCGGGCAGGUCUUAAGAAGGUUCCUUGGGAUGGAUAUCUGAAGCACUCUCGCCCUAGUCCAAAGCACAGAGAGCGAAAGCAACAAAGCUUUGCGGAUACAGUGCUACGACGCUUGGAGGAAAGGUGAAGCGAAAAAUAAGUAGGUCACCUCGUCCAAUUAUUGUGUGUACCAUGUAAAUAGUUUUGUUUGAAUUCACUCUUUGGGGUUUUGGUCUGGGCAUGGAGUUGUUGAAGUAAAGGAUCUUUGAGAAAAAGAGGUAAAAUAAUGUUAUUUCCUUCUGUGUAGAAUGGUAUAACAGUGUGGCAUUGGUCAAUUGUAUGAUGAUACUAGAGCUAAUAUUACCCUUUCCGUUGUUGUUGUUGUUGAACUAGAGUGUUUGAAUGAGGCUGAAGAGUUGGCUCUUUUGUGGUUUGCUUAA